UUUGCGAGUACAGUCAGUACUAACCACGACACAUGAAAAUGAGCGCAUUGUUAAUUGGAGAAUCGUUUGUUUUCUUCGCUGCCAGUUAACGAUGACUGAAUGUUACCGCUCUUGAUGUUGGACCGGUAUCACCGCUCUUGAUGUUGGACCGGUUACUUGUAUCAGUGGCUUUAUGAUGCAAAUCCUGCAUCGAUACACCAGAAAACCGGGAGUCUGGGUGCCACAAAGUUUCUAUCGGACCGAGCGAUGCGAUAACUACAAUGGAAAAAGUUCAGUGCAGUGAGCGCUCUAAGCAUUUUCUCGAAUCAGGAAAGUUAUGCACAAAUCUUGUUUACUGCAAACGGCAUUAUGUCGUCGACCAUGUAUACGGUACGCCGUCACAAUCAUGAAUUUCCGGUUGUAUGCACUCAAGGAAGCAGUGAUCAAAUGUCGCGCUGCGGAAUAGUGACCGGGAUACGUCGAAUUGUCCAAUCGCUGGGCUUUCUCGUCGACUUCGGGUUUCCGCAUAAACCGAUGAAGACCUGGAUUUCCUUGAACGAAAUCGACGUUAUUUGUUGCUACGAUAAUCAGCCGCCGGGCUAUAAUUACAAUAAUCUUCUUAACGAUCGUCGUAAUGAAGGGUUGCCCGUGCAAGUUUUCACUCGUUUAACACCCAGUGGACCGCCGAAUUGGCGUCUCGGAAAGCUUCGGUUAACUGGCUUCGGAGUGUGUAUCGACAGUUGCGGCUUUGCCACGGUUUCAUUGGAUGCCACCUUAGUCCUUUUGGCUCUACCCGGGAACUGCAUCCGCCUUCCUUGCAUUACUUAUGCCACAUACCAAGAAAAGCUUAAUUUAUAUGAAGAAAUACGUUCUACAAAAUGGAGUAUGAAAGAUGUCUGGGAUGAAUAUCUUCUAUCAAAAAACCAACUGUCGUUGUCAACACUCAAAAGCCGUCCCGCCCAGUGGAGAAAACUCCGUUUUGCUAGACGGAAGUCGCACACAGAAAAAACGACAAGAUGGUACUAUUCCCCCGCUGCCAGGUUAAAAGGCAUCCAGUUUCUGCCAAAUGAAAUUAUGACGGAAGUGCUCGGCUGUCUGGAUACACCCCGGCAAAGCGUUCUGCGUCGUGUGUGCAGCAGUUGGAAUGUCCUUCUCACAUCGUUGCCGGCUGUUACACGCUUACUGUGUUUCCGCGAAUCCUGUCGUUACGCGGACGUAGCCUGUCUGCUGGCUUGUUGGAGGCCGAUGAUAGUGUUCGCUCAUUUCAGAAUUAGCGGUUUUCAGGACGGUCGGCGAACCAUCGUAGAUGGACGGUUUCUGCAACAAGUCGUGAUCGCCGGCAGUUACGUCCGUCCAGCUACCAUACUGCUGGCUAAUGUCUGCUGGAAACUUUACGAAUGCUCAUACUACCAAGAGGUCAGGUUACAUCCCAGAGGGUUGAUGCUGGCAUUCUUCACGGAGUUAUCCGCUAUUGCAGCGGUGUGUGAGACUUUGGUUAUCAAGGACUGCAGCGUCAUUGACGAAUAUGAUAUUGACAAUAUUUCCACACCCUGCGCUCCCGGAUAUGUCAAGUGGACGUGGACAUGCCAGCUGAGGAUAUAUGCGGCGCGAAUCAAGAGCGUGUGUGACUACGAAACGUGGUGGAAUUGGUUAGAUCAUUGUUGUCCGACGCUGACGCUCAGCGAGCUCCAGUCUUUAUCCAGUUAUAUUACCUGCUGGCAGCUGAUGGACACACGAUCGGACCCAGUUAAUUUCCGUCGAAAAAGCCAGCUUAUUUACACAGUGCUCUACGAAUUUCAAAGGAUGGAUCCUCGUGCUAGCAAUCCGUAUGGCCAGCUGUCUCGGGAACAGUGGAAAACAACUAAUCUAAACUUUGCAAAACUUAACAAGCUUACAUUGCACACCUUACGCACAGUGCAACUACUCCCGCAAACUAACCCUUGCGUCAAUUUAAUUAUAAAUAUUAACUUAAACUUAAUGAAAAUGAUUUCUGAUGAAAUCCAACUAUAACGGUAGCGUGUCCUACUUUCUUGCUGGACAAUGGCCAUCGGAUUCCUGCCUGCUCGAUGUGGACAAUAGCUGCCUCACUCUUCCUCGAAAGGAGAUGGACAGCCGUAAAUAACAUCCUGAUUGCUUCGUGUCCUAGUUUUUUUAAUAGUAGGUUGCUAUAUAAAGCCAUUUGGCCAGACUUCCACUAAUCACGUUUGCUUUCAUAACUUUUUAUUUUGCUGCUGUUGUUGGCUUAAAGCCGCACUGUUUUGUUGUAUGUCGGUCAGAGCUACUGUCUUGGUCUUCGC